AACGAAAAUGCAGGCCAUGAGGGAUUCCGCUUCAAACGUUUCCGACUCAGCCAGGUCCGGGAUGGACAAGACCAGAGAUCAGGCGGGCAGGAUUACCGAUACCGGUGAUAAUCAGCAGCAGCAGCAGCAACAGGGUGAUCGUAACAGCGGAGGCGGAGAUAGAAAUGCAAGCAACGCCGGUGGUGGUAAUUACAGUACUGGUCUGGCGUCUGGAGACGGUGGCCUAGGUGGGCAGACCUACGGGUGGAAUCAAGGUGCUGGCUGGUCGAACACAGGGGGAGCCAACACGGGGUUGAAUUACGCUGGGGUGGGUGGCGGAGUCGCCGGGGCUGGAACUGGGUACGGGUAUCCGGCUGGAUACGGCUACAUGACCACCGGAACCGACGCAGGGUUGGAUAACAGUGGAGCUGGAAUGGGUGGCGGAGACACCGGAGAUGGAGCUGGAUACGUCUAUGUGGCCAGAACCACCGUGGUGUAUGACACUGCUGGAGCUGGAAUGGAUGGCAAUACCGGCGGAGACACUGGAGCUGGAGGGGGUGGCGGAAACGAAGGAAACACCGGGACCGGAUAUGGAGCCAGAGGAAAUUUCCGUUGAAGCGGUUGUAUCGUAACACGAUUAUCGUUACGGUUUUCAUAUUAAUGUAGGUCGAGUCUUCUACAUAUAUCAUAUAUGUAUACGUAAUAUCCUUAGUUUGUUGGGUUGAUGAGCCUCGUUGAAAUGAAACCACGUACGUGCAUGGCAUGGAAUGAAUGCUCACUACGAUAAAAUUAAGCCGUGCUGUUUAAGUGUUUAUA